CUGUUUUGAAGUUGCUGUCGGCGGGAAAGCGGUUCGUUUGGUUCUGAGAGCCGAGAGGAGUGGGACGUAGCCGGUGGCGUAGGAAGCUAGACCCGCUUCGAGACGACGUCGGCGCUUCUGGAUCAGCCUGAGAGGCGGCAUAUAGGGGGGAAAAAGGCCUGGGCGUGUGGAGUAGCGAAGAUCCAGCUUCAAAACCUACUUCUGACCCUUACCGACUGACUGCCUUGUUACCUUUGCGAAUCCCCGCCGAUCUUCCUUUCUAAGAUGGGACUAACAAUACCUGUAAUAAUUGCAUACGGCACUUGAAGGAGUUCGGGGAGCAUUCACUGUCAUCUACUCUAGGUAUCUUCAAAACGAACAAACCAACCUUUGGGAUUCGGAAAGCUGAUGGCAUCUUCCCAGAAACACGUCUUUUCACUCACAGGUGUUUUAUAUCAGCUGGAAAGACUGGAGGCUCGUGAUCAGAGAUCAGCCAAGCCACAAGACGAGCACCAGGGACUGCAGGAUUCGGAAACUGACUUGGAAGCAAAGAUCCGCAAACUGAGAAAACUUCGGGAUGAACUGAGGACUAAAGUGAAGCUACACGAAGCCAGUGCCAGAAUACCCAUCACUAACCUAGAACCCUACGAACCAUUGAAGAACAGUGAGGAGAAUCUGGAAAUGAAGUUGGAGAAAGCGAAAGCUUUCUUUCAGGCAUUCCAUUUAACGGGGCUCAGUGGCAAAUUGACCACAAAAGGGGUCUGUAUCUGCUUCAGCACUGCUUUUGAGGGAAACAUCUUGGAUUCCUAUUAUGUGGAUCUUAUCAUCAAGAAACCACUUACAAUACAUCGCCAUUCAGUUCCAGUCUUCAUUCCCCUGGAGCAGAUAGCUGCAAAAUACUUGGAGACUAAUUUUCAACACUUCGUGUAUAGUCUCAGCGAACACCUAAAUGCAUAUUCUGGAAGAAAAUACCAGGCAGAUCAACUUCAGUGUGGCUUUUCAGCUUUUCUGGCCAGGCCCUUGCAGAGAAACUCACUGUGCACUUUGCUGUCAUUCACAUACACCACGGACCCCAGUGGAAAAUCUUUCCCUUUUUGUGCCAGGCUUGUGUACCAGGACCUCACAACAACUCUUCCCACCAAUGUCACAAUUACGUACCAAGGGACAGGAGCAACGCCUGCCUCGUGGGAGGACCAGCGAGCAGCCCAUGAGCCUUUAUUCUAUAAAAAUGCCCUUUAUAAGGUGUUUGAGUCUUUUUUGAGAGUAAGAGAGAACUAGUGUACCCUGAAGCAGAUGAACCUGUUCCUUGGAAAACACUUCAGGAAUGAGCCAGAGCACAAUAUUGCAACCAACCCUUUGGAAAUGACAACUGUUUGAUGGACUCAGGCUCAGACUCGACCCUUUCCCCAGCCCAGAUUUUCCUGUGCAUAUGAAUGGCCACACCCACCUUUUCAUGUGACUUACUGGGGACAAGUCUAUGAGCCUUUAGAUAUUGACCUUUGAGGUUAAGCUGCCUUGGCCAGUGCUUGAGCAGUUCCAUCCUCUUACAUAGAAUGGUUUGCUGAAUGCUUUUUGGGCCUGAUGAUAUUUGUUUUAUAUCAGCAAAUGAAACAAAGCAUUGAGGAGUAUUCUGGUGGAGACAGAGGAGAUGGCAAAAUUUCACUGAACCAAGCACUGCUGCCAGUAACUCACAGAAGCUUUAGCUGACAGUAUCUCAUUUUCUUAUGAAGAUGAACAAAAUGGCUUUUGAAAAUGAAAUUGAGAUGAUAAAACUACGUAUGUAUGUUCAUCCAUAACAUAAACCAAUGUAACCUAAGCAAAUACCUUGUUUUGGUUGUGUUCAAUUAGAGAUUAUGUGGAAUAAGUAGAUCAAAUACUAUCUUACUAGAGCACUCAGUCCAUCUGUGAGAAACCCAAGUGGUAGAGAAUAACUAGGGUCUGUUCCAGCCUAAUCAUACCCACUCUGAUAUUUCAGCCAUCUGUACCCACAGAUCCUCCCAAUCCACCUCAAAAAAAAUACUGCCAAGAUCUUCAUCCUUCUUUACCCAUCUGUCCAUGAACCUUGAAUCCUUGUCUUAGUCCUUACUUCCCCAAGAAAACCUGGCUCUCCUUACCCUUCCAAAAAAGCCCCAGGUCCAUAGGUAUAGAUUUCCAUUGUGACCACUUGGCUGGACCCCACUGUUUCAAUUCAUCUCCCAG